AUGCUUAAGGGGCUGGGUUUUCCUGAACUGAUGAUUACUUGGGUCAUGGCCUGCAUAUCUAAUCCAAAAUUCUUCAUAUCCCUCAAUGGAUCCCUUCAUGGAUACUUCAAGGGUGAGAGAGGCUUGAGACAAGGAGACCCUCUUUCUCCUUAUCUCUUUAUAUUGGGUAUAGAAUACCUAUCCAGAAAUUUUGAUAUGCUGAGAAAUGACAGGGACUUCAAAUAUCAUCCCAAAUGUAGCAAACUCAAAAUCACUCACCUGAUCUUCACCGAUGACUUGCUUUUAUUCAGCUAUGGGGAUUUAUAUUCAGUGCAGUAUUUCAAAUCAUUCAAAAGUUCAGUAAGAUACUCUGGGCUUGAAGCUAAUCAGCAUAAAUGCUCUAUCUAUUUUGGUGGUGUUGAUGACACAAUCAAGGACAAUAUAAAGCAUCUCUUAAAUUUCUCAGAAGGGUACACUGCCUAUUAG